AUGAAAAAUUUUAAAUAUUUAUUUAAAGUAAUUUCAAAGAGACAAUCUGGUGAAACAUAUAAAACAAUUACAUUUUAUUCAUGUUUUAUAUCAUUUACAAUUUGUUUAUCAUUAUUUUUAGAGAUAUUUAAAUUUAGUAGGGAAUUUUUUGAAUUUCCAUAUAUAAUAAUAUAUGUUACAUUAUUUACAUCAACGAUUGUAUCAUCAUCAGAUUCAUUCAAUGUUAUAUUGAAAACAGCAUUUGAAAUGAUGAUAUCAUGUAUAGUUGGUGACAUAGUUGCGUAUACUAUAUUCUCAAUAUUUUUCAAUCAUUUAUGGAUUUCAAUUUUCUUAUAUAUGUUAUUCAUUUUAAUAACUAGUGGAAUAUUUCUAUCAUCGAAAAAUGAUAAAUUAAAUUGGACAAUUGGUAAAAGAAUGUAUUUCGAAAUAUUUUCAUUACUCUAUGUUGUCAGAUCACCAACUAGGUCACCAAUAAUUUUCUUAAAAGCAGGUUUAGCCUCAAUUAUAACUUUACUAUUAGUAACUAUAGGUUGUCUAAUUUUAAAUCCAUUCUUUUCAUCUGAAUUAUUUUUACGUACAUCUGUUAAAAUAUUACAUAGAUCACAUCAAUGUAAUAAAUCAUUAUUACGUCAACUAGAAUUAAAAACAAUUAAUGAAUUUAAAAUAUCACCAAAAAGGAAAUCUCAUAAAAAAAUUAUUAAAAAUAUUCAUUCGAGAUUAUCAAAUUCAUUAUCGAAUUUACCAAAUCUAUCACAAAUUAAUAAUAAUAAUAAUAAUUCAAUUUCAUUAUCAAACUAUGAAAUUGAAAUUAAUAAUAAUAAUAAUAAAAUUUUAGUAUUAACACCAAAAUCAAAAAAAAAAAAAGAAAAAAAAUUAUUUGAAAAUGAAAAAAAGAAAAUUUUAAUUGAAAAUUCAAAUUUAAUAAUUGAAGGAUUUAGAGAGAAAUUUAUAAAAUAUAAUGUAAAAUAUUCAAAAAAUUUAAAUAUGUUAUCAACUUAUUUAAAAGAAUGUGAUCAAGAAUUUUGGAAUAAAGAUUUAGUUAGUCAUUUUAAUCAAUUGGCAAUUCUAUUAGAAAAGAAUCAUAAUAUGAUUAAUUCAAUGCAAAUUUCAAUUGAUAAAGAUAUUUCAAAUCCAAGUUGUCAUUUUUUAUUACCAUUAAUACCAUUCAUUAAUAUAAUAAUUAAUCAUUCUUCAAAUAUUUUCACUAUUAUGGAAAAUCAAAUUUUAGGGAAUUAUAGAAUUUCAAAAACAAAAUUAAAAAUUAAAAUUUUUUUAAAAAAGUUUAAAAAAUUAUUUAAUAAUAAUAAUAAUAAAAAUAAUAAAGAUGGAGAUGAGGAUGAAGAUGAUGAUGAAAUUGAUUUAAAUAAAAUUAAUUAUAAAAAAUCAUUAAAUUAUAGUCAAGAAAGAAUUUUAAAAUAUUUUAAAAGAAUUGAAAAAGUUGAAAUGGAAAUGUGUAAAGAGUAUAGUAAAAUUGAAAUUACAAAUGAUUUAUUACAUUUGGAAGAAGAUAGUCAAUGUGAAAUUUCAAGAAUUCAUUUCUUUGUAAAUUUAUUAACAUCAUUUACAAAACAACAAAAAGAAUUAUCAACAAUUGUUUAUACAAUGUCAAGAUGUUUAUAUCGUCAAAAUAGAAUCUACCAUUUUGAAAUGUUUUUAUUAAUACUUUGUUGGUUUUUAAAUUUUCCAAAAUUUCUUUAUUGUAAAUUUAAAAUUUUUUUAAAAAAUAGAAAACAAAAUAAAAAAUUAAAAAAACAAAGAAAAAAACAAAAACAAGAAGAUGAAUAUGAAGAAGAUGAAGAAGAUAAAGAAGAAGAAGUUGAAAAUAAUUAUUUAUUUAAUUUUAAAAAUAGAAAAAAUGAAAUAAAAUUAAAAAUUAAAAAUAAUUUUAAUUAUUUAAUUAGUAUAAUAUUUUGUAAAUGGAAAUUUACAAUUAAAUUUACAAUAUUAUUAUCAAUAUUUUCAAUUGGUUAUUAUGAAAUUUUAACUAGAUCAUAUUUUAUUUUAUUUCAAAAUUCAUCAUGGUUUGUAGUUACUUUUUUAUAUGUAGCAUCACCAAGUGUUGGUGCAAGUGGUUUUUAUUGUUGUAUGCGUUUUUUUGGUACUUUAUUAGGAGUAUUCUCAGCAUACGUCGUUGGUGUAUUAUUUUCAUUGGCAGAUUCAGAUGGUACUAAAGGUUUAGCAUAUAUUGCGUUAACUUUUACAUUAGUAUUUUCAAUACAUUUCUUUGUUCGUGGUAAACCAAUUCAAUCAUUUGGUAAUUUCUUUAUUCUAUCCUAUGCUACUAUAACUUUUCCAGAAUAUACUCAGGAUCAUGCACUAAUAAUUACAACUCUCCUAAGAGCAUUUCAUAUAUCAUUAGCAGUGUUUGUAAUUAUGUUAUCUUCAAUUCUCAUCUUACCAUAUUAUGAUCAUCGUGAAUUGGAAAUUAAUUUAUUAGAUAUCUCAAUCAAACAAUUAGAAGCAUUUAAAAGUAUUUUUAAUCAUAAUUCUCAUUGGUUUGAUAUUAAUAACAAUAGAAAUAUUGAUGAUUUAACAUCAAUAUCAACAGUAUCAUCAAUGAUAAUGAUACCAAAAGAAAUCUUUCAAGAAACUAUGAGACCAAUAUUUUUAGAAAUUAGAUCAUUAAUUACAAAUCAACGUUCUUUAAUGUUUAAUUCAAGAUUUGAAUUAUUAUUUAAUAAACAAAAAUAUAAAGAUUUAAAAAGUUUAUUAAAUAAUAUUAGUAGUGAAUAUAUGGUUUUAGUUGGAUCAGAAUUUAUAAUUGAUAAUUGUCAAGAAGAUGGUAAUGAUAGUUAUCAUAAUCAUCAUCAUCAUCAUCAUCAUAAUUCAAAAAAUUAUGAUCAAACUAAUUUUCUAUUAGAUGUAAAAUCAUUACUAUUACCAAAAUUUAAUUAUUUAAUAAAGGAAUUAGAUGAAUGUAGAAAAUCAAUUGAAGAGAUAAAAUCAAUUAAAAUUCAAAAGAAAUCUCAAAGAUAUCAAAAUGAAACAACAACUGUUUUUCGUAAUGAUAAUUCAAAACAAUUAAUUAAACAAAUGUAUAAUGAUUAUCAUUUCUUAAUUUCAAAGCAUCCAAAAGCAAUGAAAUAUAGUUUUUGUGUUCAUCAAUUAGGUUGUUUAAUUUAUACUUUUGAUUUAUUUAUAAAUUUAAUGUCAAAUAUAACUAAAUACAUUUGGUCAAUUACUAAAACUAUAUUAAUUGAAAGAAAAGAUUCAAAUUAUCUUUAUAAUAAUAAUUUAAAUAGUUUAGAUAAUUUAGUAACAAUGAGCAAUAGUAGUAUUAAUAGUAGUAAAAAUAUUAAUAAUAAUAAUAAUAGUACUUGUAUAGACUCUUCAACAUUUACUAGUAGUAGUAGUGAUAAUAAUUCAGAAGAUUUAAUAAUACCUAUCAAUCGAUCACAAUUUAUUCGUCAUACUAGUAUUGGUGGUACAGAGUAUAAUAAUAUGUCAACUUUAAAUAGAGUUAGUAAUUGUUUAAACAUUCCAAUGAAUUAA